UUGUUCUAAAUCAGUCAGAAUCUGCUUACUUUCAUAUUGGUGCUCAGCUCAGCAAGUAGUUAUCAGUGCUUUCUCACGGUAUUCUACUGCGCAACUAGCAACAAAAAGUUGUGAAAUAGUGCCAGUUCAGUACGUAUCUCAAAACAAUAACAAUGGCAGCAUUGCAGAAAAGUUUCAACUCGUUGCUGAAACUCCGUCGCGCUCAGAGCGUCCCACUGGCAUUGUACCACGCAAAUGUGUUGGAUCACUACGAAAAUCCCCGGAAUGUGGGCUCGAUGGACAAGAAGGACAAAACGGUCGGAACCGGACUGGUCGGUGCUCCGGCUUGUGGUGACGUCAUGAAGCUGCAAAUCAAGGUCGAUGCCGAUGGAAAAAUUAUCGAUGCCAAAUUUAAGACCUUCGGGUGCGGAUCAGCCAUCGCCUCCAGCUCGCUGGCCACCGAAUGGGUAAAGGGCAAAACUUUGGACCAAGCCAGAGAGCUCAAGAAUACGGACAUUGCGAAGGAGCUGUCGCUACCACCGGUCAAGCUUCACUGCUCGAUGCUGGCCGAGGAUGCUAUCAAGGCAGCCCUCGAGGAUUACAAGAAGAAACAGAACAAAUAAGUGAGCCUCUGCUGGUGAUGAUAGUUUUUAGGAUUCUGUGUAUUGAUAUACGUUGGUUAUAUAAGGCAUUGUAAAAACAAACAGGAAGAUUGUAGAAUAAAACAAAAUUGAAACAUU